AUGGGGCUAGUUGUUAGUGCUCCUUUUAUCUUUUUUGAAUAUGAAAUUGGGAAGAUCUUAGCUGUUCUUCAAGGAAAACUAGAUUUAGCUAAAGAGGAACUUUCAAAAUGCCAGAACAGCAUAAAAUUGCAAACUGAAGUGCUGAAGGAUGCAGGGUUGUUUUCCAGCAAAUUAGAUAACAAUGCUGAAACAGCUGAAAACUCAAUAGAGGAAGUGCUAGUGAAGAGGCAAGAAUUAAAGCCACAUAUUGCUGUAACAUUACUACCAGGAUUGCCUGCAUACAUUUUGUUCAUGUACAUUAGGCAUGCCGACUGUCAAAAUGAUUAUGAGAAAGUACAGUUACUCCUGACAGCAACUAUCUACACCAUUGAAAAAGUUACUAAGAAAGGCCAUGAUGAUAUUGAUAUAAUCGUUUUGUGGCUUUCAAAUACUGUGAGACUUCGGCAUAAUCUGAAACAGUAUAGUGGAGACAAAACAUUCCAAACUGAAAACACAUCACUUCAGAAUGAACAGUGUCUACAGAAUUUUGAUCUCACUGAAUACAGAGAAGUUCUUUCAGAUACAGCUGUAGAAAUCUAUCAGAGUCUUGCUUGGCAUAUACAAGAAAAGAUAGAGCCACUGGUGGUGCCAGCUAUUCUUGAACAUGAAGAAAUAAGUGGUUUGACAAGCCAGAUACCUAGUGGAAAGAGAGGAAGAGCUGUGUUGUCAUCAUGGGAUUCUGAGCCAUUUUUGGGUGUACAGAAGUCAUUGGAUGCACUCUUGCAGGAACUAAAUUAUAUCUACAAAAUUACGGGGAACCAUGGUGUUGACCCAGAACUUACUGUCCAGAUAUUUCAGCAGGUGAGAUGA